UCCUUCCUCACAGCAACAGGAAGCAACAGAGCAGCGAGGGGAAAGGGGUGAGUAAGGGAUGGGGCUGCACUAAUGGUGUGAGUAAAGGAGCAGCGUUACCUUGUUGUUCCCAACACAUGAGCUGAUUAUUCCCAGGGACACUUUGUACUGACUCAGUGCAGUUUAUGUGGCAGCAGCAGCAGCAGCAGCUCCAACCCAGCCACCAUAAGUGAAUUCCUGUGCCAUUUGGUAGCAAGGACAGCCCUGCAGCCUGAGGGGAUGAUACAGACUGGAGCUGUAGGCUCAUUAAAGGGUCACUUCCAGGUCAGUUCCUCCCACAAGGAGCCAAUGGGAAUGUGGGAGGAAGGGAGUGACACAGGGAUGAAGGGGAAGGAGGAUAAAAACAAGCGGAACAAGAGAAUCCUGAAUCUGACACUGGAGAUGAUCUAUCUGCUGACUGGAGAGCACUACAUCCCUAGGAAGAAGUCAGAUGAUGGGGGGGCCCUGCAUGCCCCUGGCUCCGUCAUACAGAAGGAAAAUAACAAGAAUGACAAGAAGAUCCUGGAACUCAUGUCCAACAUCAUCCAGCUGCUGACUGGAGAGGUUGCCAUAAGGACUCAUCAUGUUUCCAUCUAUUUUUCCUUGGACGAGUGGGACUAUAUAAAAGGAAACAAGGACCUUUAUGAGGAAGGAAUGAAGGAGGAGCCACAGCAGCUCUACCCACUGGAUGAGAAUAAUGUUACAGAACAUAUGGAAACAACAUUAUGCUGUAAUAAUGAUGGGAAUCUCACAAACCCUGACAUUUCUCCUGUGGAACAGUCUCCACCAGCCAAUGGGAUUAAAGUGGAAGAGGCUUCAUGUGAAGAGGGAAAUCAAUCAAACUGCAACAUUAAUCCACUUACAGAACAGAUACAGGGAACAGACACACUUACUCCUAUUUUGAGAUGCAGCCUGAAUAACAGCUUGGCAGAUAAUUAUAAAUUAGUUGUUGUUAAAGAGGAAGUGGCUUCAGAUGAAGAAGAAAAGCACCUUGCAGAACAAACACAAGACACAUCAACUCUCAUAGAACAGAGCCAGAAUAGCAGCUGGUUUGCUAAGGGUACAUCCGAUGGUAUGAAAGAAACAUUUAAUUCAUGUGAAAUUGACCAUAAUUAUUGCAAAAUAAAUACAGACCACGCCCUGGGAAUAUACAAAUCAACUCCUAUCACGGGCUGCAGCCUGAACAACAACUCAGAAGAUGAUUAUAUAUCGGUUAUUAUUAAAGAAGAACUGGCCUCAUCUGAAGAAGAUCCUUCAGAUAAAACACAAGGAUCAAAUACAUUGACUGUCAUGGGGUGGAGUCUGGAUAACAGCACAUCAGGGCAGAUACAGGGAACAGAUCCACCUACUCCUAUGAUGAGAUCCAGCCCUGUAAAAAUAAAUGGCAAUAAAUAUGAAAAUGCUAUUCCAUCCCUCCAUAAACCUCGCAUGCCAAUAAAUACAUUAUUUGAUAACCAUAAUAUAACCCACACCGAAGAGAAACCUUAUUCUUGUUCUGUUUGUGGGAAAUGUUUUUCAAACCGAUCUCGCUUUAAAGAACAUCAGAGAACCCACACGGGAGAGAAACCUUUUUUUUGUUCUGAAUGUGGGAAAUGUUUUUCUACUUCAUAUAUACUCAAUGUCCAUCGACGACGAACCCACACAGGAGAGAAACCUUUUUCUUGUUCUGAAUGUGGGAAAUGUUUUCCCACUUCAUCACAACUUACUGUCCACAGACGGACCCACACAGGGGAAAAACCAUUUUCUUGUUUCGAAUGUGGAAAAUAUUUUGCUUCUUCAUCGCAACUUACUGUCCAUGGACGAACCCACACAGGAGGGAAACCUUUUUCUUGUUCCGAAUGUGGGAAAUGUUUUGCCACUUCAUCAGAACUUACUGUCCAUCAGCGAAGAACCCACACAGGAGAGAAACCUUUUUCUUGUUCUGAAUGUGGGAAAAGUUUUGCCACUUCAUCAGACCUCACAUGUCAUCGACGACAAAUCCACACAGGGGAGAAACCUUUUUCUUGUUCUGUUUGCGGAAAAUGUUUUGCCACUUCUUCACAACUGACUGCCCAUGGACGAACCCACACAGGAGAGAAACCCUUUUCUUGUUCUGAAUGUGGAAAAUGUUUUGCAGACCGGCCUCGCCUUAAAGAACAUCACAGAACCCACACAGGAGAGAAACCUUUUUCUUGUUCUCAAUGUGGGAAAAGUUUUUCCACUUUAUAUAUCCUUAAUGUUCAUCAACGACGAAUCCACACAGGAGAAAAACCUUUUUCUUGUUCUGAUUGUGGAAAAUGUUUUGCAGACCGGCCUCGCCUUAAAGAACAUCACAGAACUCACACAGGAGAGAAACCUCUUUCUUGUUCUGAAUGUGGGAAAUGCUUUGCCAAUAUAUAUAUACUUAAUGCCCAUCAACGACGAACCCACAUAGGAGAGAAACCUUUUUCUUGUUUUCUUUGUGGGAAAAGUUUUGCCACUUCAUCAGACCUUACUGGCCAUCAACGACGAAUCCACACAGGGGAGAAACCUUAUUCCUGUUCUGUUUGUGAAAAGUGCUUUGCUUCUUCAUCAGAACUUACUGUUCACAGACGAACCCACACUGGGGAGAAACCUUUUUCUUGUUCUGAAUGUGGGAAAUACUUUGCUUCUUCAUCACAACUUACUGUUCAUGGACGAAUUCACACAGGGGAGAAACCUUAUUCUUGUUCUGAAUGCGGGAAAUGUUUUGCCACUUCAUCUCAUCUUACUGUCCAUCGACGAACCCACACAGGGGAGAAACCGUAUUCUUGUUCUGAAUGUGGAAAAUAUUUUGCCUCUUUAUCAGAACGUAUUUCCCAUCGACGACGCAAACACACAGAGAAACGUUUUUCUUGUUCUGAAUGUGGAAAAUGUUUUACUAAAGCAUCUGAACUUACUGUCCAUUGGAGAACCCACACAGGAGAGAAACCAUUUUCUUGUUCUGAAUGUGGGAAAUGUUUUACACGUAACAGUAAUCUUAAAGUACAUUUUCAGAGUCACACAAUUGGAAAACCAUAAACUUUAGAUUAUUAGGUAUAUAUUUCUUUUACAUUGAUUGCGCUUAAUAGUUAUAUCGAAAUUUAAAGGGGAGAACAAGUUUAUGAAGAACAGAAUUAAUCCACGGGGAUUAGACCGAUACUAUUCAGCUGAAGAGUCUGUUGCCAAAUGGACACUGGAAAAUGCUUUGACAGGGCACCAUAAGUGCUCUUCCCUCUGCACUGGCUCAUCACUGGAAAUUUAGGAGACCUAAUUUCAAUGCUUUUCACACUGGAAUAUAUCUAUAACUAUAUAACAUGGUCAGAACAUGGUCUUUUGCAUGUAAUUGUGCUGUAAAAGUAUUUGUUUAAAGAUGCUGAUCUAUUUUACUUCUGAGUUGAUUUUAAGCAAAUACAUUUUUAAAAUGGUUCUGUUUUUCUGUAUGAUAUAAAUAAAACAGAAAAACAA